AUGGUUGACCUCACCAUAUCCGUUUCAAUUAUUGAAGCAAAAGGAUUAAAAAAGAAAGAAUCAGGAAAAUAUGAUCCCUAUGUAGAGGUUAGAUACAAUAAUAGUAACAAACUUUCUCAUUCAACAAAGGUUGUAAAGAAUACAACUACUCCAUUUUGGGAUGAUCGUUUUGAUAUAAAAUUAGAUAAUAAUAGCCAAGAACAUUCAUUAACAUUUACAGUAUGGGAUAAAGAGGUAUUCUUUUUAACAGACAAUUUCAUUGGAUCGAUAGUGUUGGAUGUAAACAAGAUUGGUGUACCUACAUCAUCAACACUGGUAUACGAUACAUGGUUGCCUCUAGUAACCAAAGAUGGAAAGGAUACAACAAAGGGAGGAGGAGAGUUACAUCUCUCUAUCAAACAAAAGAAACCAAUCGACGAUCUACCAUUAGACAAUUGGGUCAUAUUUGAUCAAAAUUGUAACUAUCGAGAGGUUACUUUUCAUGAAUUAUCAAAAACUUUGGACCGUUUUAGUAACAAUAACAAUAGGAAUGGAGAUAAUGAUCAAAUAGUAUUUCAAGAUGUUGGUAUUGAUCAAUUAAAUGUUUUACAUCAAUCAUCAUCAAAUCAAAUCAAUAAUGAUAAUAGCAACAAUAACAACAAUCACCAGAUGGUUGAUGAAAAUGAUAUGUUAUUUAUUUGUAUCAUUUGUAGAAAAAGAUCAAAUUCUGGACAGGGUCUAUACCUAAUGGAUGAUUGUCUACAUAAUUGUUGUACCAAUUGUCUAACAAUUGGAUUUAAAAAUCAAAUUCAACAUGGUAUACUAAAUAUUACUUGUCCCGUUAAAAAUUGUACACAAUCAUUAUCUCAUUUAGUUUUAAAGGAAAUAUUACCAAAAAAUGAAUAUGAAACUUAUUUAAACAAAACAUUAGAAUUGGUAUUUGAAUCAAACCCUGGGUAUUUUAAAUGUCCAAAUGCAUCAUGUAAUAUAGUUUUUGAAAGAAUGCAACCACAACAACCACAACAGCAGCAACCUAUGAAUAGAAAAUUAAAUUUAAUGUCACCAGAUGGAAAAAAGAUGAAAGAAGAAGCAGCAUUACAUAGAGAUGAAUUUAGAUUUCGUUGUACAAAAUGUUCGACAGAGUUUUGUUCAGAUUGUAAAUCAACACCCUAUCAUUAUGGGUUUACAUGCCAAUCACAUCGAUUGUAUUUGGUGUCCAAGAAAUGUAGAUAUUGUAAAGAGGUGAUACCAAACAGCAACGUGAGCGAAACUCACACCAAAGAUGUGUGUCUAGAGGAAGAGUGUCAGCAAAAGAGUCGAUUGGCAUGUUUCAAACAGGUGCAUCCAUGUGGUCAUCGUUGCAUGGGUGUCGCUGGUGAAGAAAGAUGUUUGCCAUGUCUCAAGCAAAAGUGUAUAGACAAGAGCAAGGCAGACCUUAUUUCAACCAAACGAAACUCUUUAUCAUCGCCACCACUACCAAUUCCAAUGGCAUCGGCCAGCGACUUUUGUAAUAUCUGUUGGUCAGAGACAUUGUCGGCGGCACCUUGUAUCAUGCUCACAGGAUGUGGGCAUGUAUUUCAUUAUACGUGUGUUGAGAGCAGGUUGAAUGCACCCGACCUUCAAAGAACGGCUCAACCACGUCUCACAUUCCAACACCUCGAUUGUCCCCUCUGCAACAAACAAAUGAAACACCCUGCACUCGAACUUUUAAUGAAACCACAUUUACAAUUGCUGGAUCUCGUCAAAGCCAAGGCCACACAGCGACUCGUCUAUGAAGGACUCCAACGUAGCAAAGAACUAGAGAUCAAAACAUCCAAAUGGUACAAGAACCCCGAAGGCUUUGCAAUGGAUAGAUACCAAUAUUAUCCUUGUUACAAAUGUAAAUCACCCUAUUUCGCAGGUAUGGUUCGUUGUGAUCAAGGUAUAGAUACCUACAAACUAGACGAAUUAUUAUGUGAAAAUUGUAGACCUACUACAACUGGUUCAACAUGUACUGUUCAUGGUGUUGAAUAUAUGGAAUUUAAAUGUCAUUAUUGUUGUUCAAAAGCAAGUUGGGUAUGUUGGAGUAAAAUUAGAUUCUGUGAUGAUUGUCACAAAAAACAACAAGGUGGAGAUUAUCUAACCAAAAAACCAAUUGAGGAGAUUCCAAAGUGUCCAGGUAAAGAACAUUGUCCUCUUAAAAUUGAUCAUCCUCAUCUUGAAGAAGUUCCUCUUGGUUGUACCAUUUUAUUUGGUAAACUUUAUAAUACAUUGAUUGAAGUUGUAGAGAUAAAGAUAGAGAGAUAG